CUCUCCCCUCUGUGCUGUUGUCCACGUCCCUUUCUCUCCUUUGCGCAUUUCCGUUUGUUUCUCAACCAGAGGAAGAAAGGAAGGAAGAGAUCAAAAGCAUCAAUCAUGUCGAACUCCGCGUCGGGAAUGGCUGUGUGUGAUGAAUGCAAACUCAAGUUCCUGGAACUUAAGGCAAAGAGGAGCUUCCGUUUCAUCGUGUUCAAGAUCAACGAGAAGGUGCAGCAGGUGGUGGUGGACAGGCUGGGAGAACCAGGUGAGAGCUACGAGGACUUCACCGCCUGCUUGCCCGCCGACGAGUGCCGCUACGCGGUGUUUGAUUUUGACUUUGUCACUGAUGAGAACUGCCAGAAGAGCAAGAUCUUCUUCAUCUCUUGGGCCCCAGAUACAUCGAGGGUGAGGAGCAAGAUGCUCUAUGCGAGUUCCAAGGACCGGUUCAAGAGGGAGCUGGACGGUAUCCAGGUGGAGCUACAAGCAACUGACCCGAGCGAAAUGAGCAUGGAUAUCAUCAAGUCGCGAGCCCUCUGAAACAGCCCGACCGCUGCAUCCUCCAGGAGCGCAUCAGCUCCUGCCCUUGCUAUUCCUUCUGUGUUGGUGACGGUCAUCCGUUUUCGUGUCACUGUUUUCCUGGACGCAAAAGUGUUGCCCUCUGUAUGAGACUGUAUGCCAUUUUCCCUUUUUUACCGUCUCUGCCGUAGUCCUGCUACUGCUGUAAACUAGAAUUCAUUUGGUGUUUUAUCUCGUGGCAUUCUCGAGUCUUUCAUGUGUCUAUGCAAUGCUAGUUGUGGAGCCUGAUGUACCGUAGUUUAAUCACCGAUUUCCAAAAGUUUGAUAUUU